AUGAUUCUCUCAACAAUUUCUCAUAUCGAUGUAAAACAAUUAAAUAGAAAUUGUACAAAAACAAAACUAAUACAAUUUGCAUUCAUUGUUUUCAACGAAUGGGCCACUCAACAGAUCACUCUCUAUCCAGAAGCAUCAGCUGUUGAAAUCGAAUGGACACUAGGGCCGGUUCCAAUUGAUGAUGGUGUUGGCAAAGAAAUCAUUAUUCGUUAUGAUACUAAUAUUAACAGUGCAUCGAAAUAUUAUACAGAUGCUAAUGGACGAGAAGUAUUGGAACGUAUUCGUAAUUAUCGACCUACAUGGAAUUAUUCGAGUGAUGAACCAAUCAGUGGAAACUAUUACCCAAUCAACAGUCGCAUCUGGAUUCGAGAUAGUCAAAGUCAGUUGACUGUACUCACUGGUAUGAAUGAUUUUGUCCCCUCCUUUCUACGACUCAUUUCAACAUUUGAAAGUUCUUUAGAUCGAUCGGAAGGUGGUGGAAGUAUGUAUGAUGGUUCCAUCGAAAUUAUGCUUCAUCGUCGGAUUCUUUACACUGAUGGAGUUAGUCUUAAUGAACCAUUGAAUGAAACAGCCUAUAACAAAGGUCUUGUUGUUCGUGGUAAACAUCAUCUUCUUGUUGAACCACCUGCUAAUAGUGCUCGCUUACAUCGAACUGGUGCUCAACAAUUGUUCAUGUCUCCUCUAACUACAUAUUCACUGCCUGACACAUCAUCCUACACAAACUACUCGAUGAGUUAUCGUCAAACAUGGUCGGCUUUAUCAGACAUAAUGCCACUCAAUAUUCAUCUCUUGACAUUCGAUCAAUUAAGUCCAAAAGAGUAUCUAGUUCGUCUCGAACAUUACUUUGAAUUGAAUGAAGAUGAGACAUAUUCACAACCAGUCACUAUCGAUCUACAAGUCUUAUUCACAACUAUUGGCAUGAUUGCUAAUGUGCAAGAAUUGAUACUCACUGCCAAUUUACCUGUGUCUGAUUUGCAUCGACUAGAGUGGAUAACUAAUAAUGGCGAAUCAUCACAUGUUAAUAUGUCGGGUAAGUUUGAUAUUAAUUGA